GAAGUGCACAAGGAAAAAUAAUUCUCCAAUUCUUAUUUUGUGGACUUCAAAAGAGAAGAGCAGGAAUUGUAUGGAGGGAUGAUGGGUGUCCCAUGGCGAGUGAAGAGUCGAAGCAAGUCGGAGUUGCUAGACAGAGGUUCAUUCAUGAGAUGGAGCGCAAUUGAAAACGAAAGUUGACUGCAACCUUGAGUACAAAUUCGC